CAUAAAAACGUGUUUUCAAAAACUACGAGUUUUGAAAAUUGUCUAUGUACUAAGUUUUUAGUUUUGUGAUUUUAUUGUAGUUGCAUUAAUUGUUGGAAAAUCAUGUUUUGUAGUUGUUUCCUUUAACAUUUUUUUUUUCUAAUAUUAUUUUAAAAUGGAUGACUUCGACAACAAGAAAAAGGAACAUCGGAAACCACAUUCUGGUAGAAAAGCUGACAAAAAAGAAGUUAAGAAAAAAUAUGAUCAAAAUGAGGAAUCUGCAAGAAAAAGAAAUCCAAAAGCAUUUGCCAUCAACUCGGUGGUUAAUGCCCAAAGACGUUUUAUGAGAGCACAAGAUUUGGAUACAAAAAAACAACAUAUACCGCUAGUGGAUCGUACACCACUAGAACCACCUCCAAUUGUUGUUGCUAUAGUUGGACCGCCUAAAGUUGGCAAAACUACGCUAAUUAAUUGUAUUAUUAAAAAUUUUACAAGACAACCUUUAACUACCAUUAGUGGCCCGGUCACCAUUGUAUCUGGUAAAAAAAGACGUAUCACAUUAAUCGAAUGCAAUAACGAUAUAAACAGUAUGAUUGACUUGGCAAAAGUAGCUGAUCUUGUACUCCUUAUGAUUGAUGCAUCAUUUGGCUUUGAAAUGGAAAUAUUUGAGUUUUUAAAUAUUUGUCAGGUUCAUGGAAUGCCUAAGAUAAUGGGCGUAUUAUCUCAUUUAGAUAUGUUAAAAAAUAGUAAAACCUUAAAACGAACUAAAAAGUUACUGAAACAUAGAUUUUGGACUGAAGUCUAUGCAGGAGCAAAGUUAUUUUAUUUAUCAGGUGUGCAACGUGGUGAAUAUUUACGCAAUGAAGUUAAAAACUUAGGAAGAUUUAUUUCUGUUAUGAAGUUUAGACCAUUAACGUGGCAAACUUCUCAUUCAUACGUUCUUGUCGAUCGAAUGGAAGACCUUACUCCACCAGAAUCUAUUCGCCAAGACGAAAAGUGUGAUCGACGUGUUAGUUUGUAUGGAUUUGUACGAGGUAUCCCAAUGAACAAGAAAAGUAGUGUACACAUUCCAGGUUGUGGCGAUUCUCCUAUAUUUGAUAUGUGUUAUCUUCCUGAUCCUUGUCCUUUGCCGGAAAAACAAAAGAAAAGAAGUCUUGUAGACAAAGAGCGUCUUGUUUAUGCACCAUUUUCUGGAGUUGGUGGAAUUGUUUAUGACAAAGAUGCAGUGUAUGUUGAACUCGGUGGAAGUCACUCUCAUAGCAAAAUUAUGAACAAUACUGGAGUUGAAGCACCUGGCCGUGAUUUAGUAAAUAAUAUUGUAGAGACACAAGAUACUUUGGAUCAAAAAAUGGCACGUAGUGAAGUUCAGAUAUUUUCCAAUACUCAACCAAUAACUUCUACUGAUUUUGGACAAGAUGCUGAAAUGGAAGGAGAAAGCAAAAUGUCAGUUGCUAACAUAACAGAUUUAAAUGAUGGUCGUAAUCGUCGUAAAGUGGUUUUUCGUUCAGAUGACAUGCAAUUUUCAGAUCUUGAUGAUACUGAUAAUGAAGUUGACAAUGAAGAUGACAAUGAUGAUGACGAUAAUGAAGAACUAAAUGUUGUUAAAGAAUCUGAAAAUAAUACUGACACAAAUUCUGAUUGGACCGACAGCGAAGAAGAAACUGAUAAUAAAAAGAAUUCCGAAGACCAAUCACGUUUCUACGGUCGAUCAUUUGGUAAAGAAAACUCAAUCAGGAAAAAAAUUUCUGACGAGUUGGCCAAAUUAGAUAAGAUUAAUUUGGAAUUUAAUUCGGGAAAAUUGAUUGACGAAGAUGAAGAGCUUUGCAGCAAUAAUAGUAUGGAAUAUGAUGAUGACUCUGACGAAGAAGAUGAAAGCGAAAAUUAUUUAGAUACGAGUCACGCUGAUGAAAAUAAUAUGAGUGAUGAUGAUAAUGAUAGUGACGAUGAUGACGAUGAUGACAAUGAAGAUAAUCAUUACAAAAGGACAGAAAUCAAUGAUAACUCAAAAAAAGAUAUUAUAUCAAUUCAAAAUCAGACUCUAAAUGAAGAUACCACAUUGAAUUGGAAAAAAAACUUAGCACAAAAAGCUACCAAUGCAUACUACGAAAGACAAAAUUCUGUGGCCAAUCUUUGGAAAUUAGUUUAUGGACAAGAGAUAGGAGAAAAAAAAGAAAAUCAACUAAAAGAAGAGAAUGAUGAGUUGGGUGGUCUAUUCCGUAAGUCAAAUCUAAAGAAUUUAAAAAAACAAAGUCAAAAAGAGGAUAUGGACAAAGAAGAUGUAUCUAAAUUUGAUGUAGAGCAUUGUCACGAUUGGAGUUUACCGGAGGUUUGUGAUAGUAUUAAAGACUUGUUUGUGACUGGAAAGUGGAAACGCAGUGAGGAUGCUGCAACUCUUUUAGAACAAGAUGAUAAUGAAGAACUAUAUGGAGAUUUUGAAGAUUUCGAAACUGGAGAAAAAGUUGAAAAUCAAAAUUAUGACUCAGACGGCAGUAAUGACAGCAAUAUUAGAAAACCUAAUAAACCAUUAACUGAAGAAGAAUUGAUGGAAAAGAAGAAAAAAUUAAAAGAACAAUUUGACGAGGAUUAUGAUGACAAAGAAGGUGGUCCGACAACCUACUACGAUGAGUUAAAACAAGAAGCAGCUAAACAAGCUCAACUUAAUAAGAGUCAGUUUGAAGGAAUGGAUGAUGAAAUUCGUGUACAGUUGGAAGGUUAUAGGGCUGGAAUGUAUGUCCGAGUUGAAUUGGACGCAGUGCCUUGUGAGUUAGUCACACAUUUUGAUCCAACAUAUCCAUUAAUUGUUGGAGGAUUACAGAGUGGAGAAGAAAAUAUAGGAUAUUUAAAAGUACGAAUUAAGAAACACAGGUGGUACAAUAAAAUAUUAAAAAACAGAGAUCCUGUAAUUAUUUCAAUGGGUUGGAGAAGGUUUCAAACUUUACCAAUUUAUUCUAAACAAGAAGAUAAUAUGAGGCAUAGAAUGUUAAAAUACACACCUGAACAUGUGAUGUGCAUGGCACAUAUUUGGGGGCCUAUGACUAAACCAGGGACAGGUUUCUUGGCUGUUCAAGAUGUAUCCUCUAAACAAUCUGGUUUCAGAAUAACAGCCACCGGUACUGUGGUGGACACCGAUCAGUCAACUCAAGUUACUAAGAAAUUGAAGUUGACUGGAACACCUUUAAAAAUUUAUAAACGUACUGCAUUCAUUAAAGAUAUGUUCAAUUCCACUUUGGAGGUGACUAAAUUCGAAGGAGCUCGAAUUAAGACUGUAUCUGGUAUUCGUGGCCAGAUUAAGAAAGCAUGCCCGAAACCAGAGGGCUCUUUCAGGGCUACGUUUGAAGAUAAACUCAAAAUCAGCGACAUUGUAUUUUGUCGUACGUGGUACAAUGUUGAAGUUCCCAAGCUGUAUAAUCCGGUCACAUCAUUACUUUUGCCUUUGAACGAGAAGAACUCUUGGCGUGGUAUGAAAACUACUGGUCAAUUAAAGAGAGAGCAAGGUAUUAAAGGGCUUCCACAAAAUGAUUCUAUGUACACACCCAUUCAUAGAACCAUGAAGUACUUCAAACCGUUGAAGGUGUCUAAGAACUUGCAAGCUCAGCUGCCAUACAAGGAUAAACCCAAGACUUUAGCUACGGCCAAAACGGACCUUAAGAAGCAGCGUGUGGCCGUGGUCAGAGACGGUCACGAGGAGCAAGUGGCGUCAUUAAUGAAGAUGGUACGCACCACGUACAAGGAGAAGAAGCGUAAAGACAAGAAAGACAUGAGAGUGAGAGUGAGGUCACACAAGAAAGAUAUCCAAACCGAAGUCAGGGCAAGGUACAAGAGGGACCAAGAGAAGAAAAAGGCAAUCAUGAGGAAACGGAGUAAAGCUUCAUCGAGUAAAUAAUUAGUGUUAAGUUUAUGUACAUUUAUUAUUUGAUAAUAUAGUUACAAAAAUCAACCGCUGUCUUAAUUAUUUACUAAACAACGGUCAACUCGCCGUUUCUAAUUGAACAACUCUGCUCCGUAAACAUUAUGACUAUGUCUGUAAUAU